AUGAAGGCUGAAACCCAAAGUACCCUGGACGUAUUCUAUUUGGCUCAAAUAACAGCCGGCAUCUACCGCUCUUCGAACCAGCUCGAGGGCACCUUCCCCUCCGCAGACGAGUUUGAUACAUUCUACGCUGAGCAUCAGGACCUGCUCAACCGUGAUGCUUGGAGACAAUACUACUCACCGACUCUGCUCACCGAGACAAUCUCGGCUCGCUUUUACCGCCUUCCCGACUUGAAAGAGCUUCCGGACUCUAGCGAUCCGCUUGCGCAACCGCGACGGAAAGGAACCGGGCACUUUACAAAACUUCCACGAUGGGCCCAUACCGUUGCGGGUUCUCGUCGUCGACAGCCGACUCUCCCUGUCGAGACCAUCAUUCAGAUAGCCCUCUCCACCCUCGAGCAGACGAUCUCACGCCUACGGACGGACUUCCCAAGCGUUCAACCUUACUCAGAGACUCAGGCACGCUUCUGGCUCAGUUACAUGAAGAUAGAUUCUUCUGUUCCGGUCACCAAAGAGGCAUUGGGCCUCAACGGAUUUGGCAUUCACGUCGCCCAAGGAGCUUUCGAUAUGUGGGCCUGGGAAGCGCACUACUCACAAAAGACAUGGGAAUCGGUUUCCGCGCAGUAUCUCGAGCCGGAAUUGGAUGGGACACGCAAGAGCGAGGUGGACUGGUGUGGCUGGCCGGAUGGUGGCAUAGGUGUGCAGGCGUGGUGCAGAGGGUGGGAGCCGGAGGUCGGAAGUGAAGAGGAGGUUGCGUUCUUGGCAGCGGCUGCGGUUGAAGAGACGAAAGGUAUCGAUUUGGGCGAUCUAAACUUUACAAUGCGAUCGCAUAUUCUUUGGGCAGUGAUGCGUACUGUCUUCCAGAGCGCGGGAGAAAAGCCUGUAGAUGAUCUGAAGCGGAGGAUGGUUGAGGCAGGCAAUAUUGUUGAGAUUGAUGAGAUCAAAGCCGAACUGUGGAUUCGAGAAGCCGUCAUGGUCAUGGAGCCAUACGUUCAAAGGCGUGGUGGAUGGCCUGCUGCAGCAGAAGACAGGAGUGAAUUGCUUAGGCAAAUUCUGGUUGAAAACGGGCAACUAUUCUUCCAUAGUAUAUUGGCCUAG